CUGUCUCCUUUGGAGCCUUUGGCUCAAUACUACCUGUUCCUAGGGAUCAUGUCUCUUUGCUUGGGGCAAGAUGUUGGGGAUUAGAGAAGGAGAGUAGAGCCAGUUUCUCAUGAAAAGCGUCUCUGGAGAGCUGAGGGCAUGGGGAUCUGUGCUUUAUUCUGAACAUGGGUGCAGCCACCGGUUUUCUGUACUAAAAGUAGCUGUGAGGGUUCCCAUAGCCACUCUGCCUAGGAGAAGGGAGUAGAGAGUCCUUGGUCCUGCCUUGAAAGAACUUCUGUCUGCCUCAGCCACAGAACUAACUGUUGGAAAGGGUGGAAUGAAACCAUGGGCAGAUGCAUGCUGAGCUGCUCGCUAGAGAGCGAGACACAAGAUCCUGCAUCAGCAAGAGGAGAAGAGGGGACGGGGAGGUACUGUCAUCUCCCCAGAGAGAGGUGAUCUGAGAGGAGCAUCAGCCCCGCAUAUUCCUGUUCUCUGUGCAGAGCUUGUGCUGGCUGCAAAGAUUGAAGAACCAUUCACUUAGCCUUAUUUUUCAUUAUGGCAUUGGAGGUGGCCGCUAUUCCUUUCCCUUCCAGACAGAGCUAGGUCCCCAAAAUCCUAAUCCUGAUUUGCACCACUUAUUAGAUAUAGGAUUGCUGGUGGGGCAGCUUCUUUACACCAAAAGUACUACUGGCUUUGAGAGGAGCUUGAUCAAGUUAUGAACAGGAUUGUAUGACAUUGUGAGUGCACUAGCAGGAGUCCAGGAAACCCCUUCCACUCCUGCGCUUUAUACACAGUGGCCAGAAGGUUGAGCUGCAACCAGGAUGCCAUUUCUUACACUGCUUGUCCCUUGCCUGGGACCUGCCUUACUAGGCCUCAUCUCAGGUCUAUGUAGAACAGUGCCUGUCUCCCAACAGCAGCUAACACCAGCUGCCUUAGAGGAGAGCCAAGAACCCUGUGUAUGGCAGAGUGGAAUCAUUUGCACCCACUGGAUUCUUCCUGGCCCCUACUGGAGAGUGGCUUAAACCCUGAAGCAUGGUGUACACCCCUGGCAGCAUUUAUUAGUAUUAGCUCUGCUAAUUAAUGCUGGACACUUCUUUCCACUUCUUUUCAAAUUCUCUUUGAACCCAGUGGACUUGCUGGCCUCAGUGAGUCCCACAGUUUAAUCCCAUGUGCAAAACUUGCACUCUCAAACCCCACUUCUAAGAGAGGCACCCUUUGGAAAAUGCCAGCUCUUUAGUUUCACUAAUUUUGGAGCUACAGAAAAAAAACGGAGCAACUCUUUUGUUGCAAAAAAGCUCAGGAAGACCAUAACAGAGCAGAAUGUUUUAAGCACUCUGGAUUCAUAUUUAAAGUCUCAGGGUUUAUCUUGUGAAUCGUGUUUAUACACCCACCAAUACUAAUAUCAUCAUCAUAUUCCCCCCCCCCCCCCCCCCGCACGAAAGGAUUUCAAGGCAUCCUGGGAUGCUGUGGCACCCUGGUAGAGAAUCACUGCUCUUAGCUGUUUUGAGUUUGCUGAACAUAUUCAGUGUCUUUGAAUUGCUCCCUGUGUGACAAGAUGAGAGCAGAAGUUCUCCCUGCUUUCUCCAGACCUUCAUUAUUUGAUAUAUGUCUAUAUGAUUCUCACCUCUCUUCUUUCUACAUAAACAAUCUCAAUCCUUACAGCUUCUCUUUACAAGAGCUUUUUCAGGCUCUUAUUCAUUCUCCUCGCCCUCUUCUGAACUCCCUCUAAUUCUGCAACGUCUUUUCUCUGCAGUAUCAGAAGGGUGGAAGAUUUAUCUUUCUUGUGCCCAGGAUCCAGCAAUAAACACAGAGGGUUUAAGUUCUUGGAACUAUGUGGGAUGUGCGGGGAGAAAGAGAAGCAUCUUAUCCAUGUUGGUGGUUGCUGUGAGGUAAAGGGUAGAAGCAUAAGUGUGCUGGCAGGUUUUAUGCAAGCAGCCAGAAGAGCAUGCUUUCCAUACACAACUGGGUAAGGAACAGUAAUUGAGACAAAUCAGGAAGGCAAGAAAGGGCAUCUUCUAAUGCAGAGGAUAAGCUGCAAGCUGUGAUCAAAUUGAUUUCCCAUUCCUGAGUAUUGUCCAAGUGGAGGAGUACUUCUCUGACCUGUGCAGCCUUGGAACUAAACCAACCUGCAUUGGAUCUGCUCAAGAAGUAUGUAAGGACCAGUCCCAGCUUCGGUAACACACUUUACAACCUGCAGCCCUCUCUUACUAGAUAUUACAAACAGCAGCUCUGGAAUCUUUGCUGCUGUUCAUUCAGGAAUGUUUGUGUUCAAGUGAAAUUUUACAUGAUUUCUGUCAAAGGAGAAGAUGACAGCUAAUAAAAUUAUCACACUGAUCUCUAACAAGAAAAGGAGUAAUUAUCCAAGUCAAAUGUAGUGAAAGGAGAAACUGUGGGAGAAGUGCUGGGCCAGCAGAAGCAAACUGGUGUGCUUUUGCAGCACAGAAUUUUGAUGGAUGCAAAAUGGUUUCAGAAAAGUGCUGUGAAUCUCUUGAGACCUCAGCUUUGUUCAGAAUUUUUUUUUUUUUUUUAGUUCAUGGUCAACAAAGCACCAAAUGAUUAUGUGUUUCAUGAAGAAAGGGAGAAAGAACUGUUUUCUAAUGUCAUUAAAUGAAUGGUGUACUCUGACUUCAUACAGUUUUCACCUCGGUCAACCCAUCUCUCAGAGAUUACAAAGAAAUAGAGCCCGGAAAAAGGGCUAGAACAGAGGUCAGCAAACCUUUCAGAUGAUGAAAGAUUAAAAAGAUUAGGACUGAUUAGCUUAGGGGGGAGACAAAUGAGACUGGAUUUGAUAGAACUGUGUACAAAUGAUAGUUUGCGAUUUUGGGGGGGCGGAGUUCACUAUGGCAUUCCUGUCUACCUCCACAGAGCAAAAUAGAAGAAUGGAAAGACCUUGAAAUUAAAGACAACCAGUGUUGAAGUAAUGAAAGGAAAUCCAUUAAAAACACUGCACAGCCUUUAAAAUUGCCAUUGCCGUAAGAUAGGGACUAGCAGCUUAAUAGUAUUUAAAAAGGUGAAAAGUUUUGUGAAUAAAGAACAUCCGUAGAUGCAUAAUUGUCACUGACGGUUUCUUCUGAAACAUCAGGUGCUGGCAGCUGUUGGAGACGGGGCCCUGCACUAGACAGACCACGGGCCCAUGUGAGAGUGGCAGUCCCAUGGUCUUGGCUUCGCUGUGCUGAGGCAUGGGUCAGUGCAGCACGCUCGAAUGUUGUGGACUGGGCGUGCCCAACGCCCGGCAUGGGCCAGAUCUGGCCACAGGUUGAUGUCAUCCAAACUACAGGGCUCCCCCAGUCCUGAGACUUUGACAGCAGUGGAGCCAGUUGCCGCUGCCCUGCUGUCCUGUUUGUGGACUCGGGGAGCCCCGUGGGCAGCUUUCUAGAUUGAGCGUGCAGAGCCUGAUCCGGCCUGCAGACAGGCCCUGCACCUCUUGGAUCCAACUGGCCAGUGGCUUAAAGCAUUCCAGGAGAGAGGAAGACUGAAACAUUGCUUCUUCUACUAAGUUCAGAACGGGUGGGCAAAAUGCGGCCCAAGGGCCGGACGUGGCCUGCCAGGCCAUUCUAUCUGGCCCAUGGGGCCUCUAAAACGUUUAGAAAAUUAAUAUUUAUCUGCCCCGGGCUGCCUGUCAUGUGGCCCUUGAUGGCUUGCCAAAACUCAGUAAGUGGCCCUCUGCCGAAAAUAAUUGCCCGCCCCUGAUUUGAGAAUCAUCCCGUGUGACCCCACAGACCUGAAGCGUGCUUUUCCUGAUGGGAACGUUUGAUUUACUUUUUUGGGCCUUCCUGUAGGCCAUUCACUGCUAGAGAUGAGAUCCCAAACUAGAGCCCUCCCUGAUUUCUUCUGCUUUUAUCACAGAAUUAGAGAAGGCCAGUUCCCCACAAGCAGAGAUCCACACGUGCACACCUUGCUUGCUUUCAUAGACACAUUUAAAUAUCUGUGUGUGAUUGAAGGAAAAAUGCCUGCACAGACCUUAGGCCUUCUGAGAAAGCCUGGGCCAGAAAGAAAUUACAACUAUGAUAUGUCUUAGCUCAGAAAUCAUCCUGACUACUCGCCCACUUCCCACUUUCCCAGCAUCAGAAGUCCAGCUUUGGCCCAUAGGGUGAUUAUGACUUUACCUUCAGCACCUCUGAAAUCAGCCAUGUGACAUGAUCUAGUUUUGCGCUCUCCUCGUGGCUGUGCUGCUUCCUCACCUCACUUUGUAGAAAUUCAACUCUUACACUGCUUCCAGAAGAGUUGCAUUUUAAUCAUAUAGAGAUUUUUCUUCCUUUGAGUGACUCCAUGUUGGAGCCCAAAGCCACCAGAAUCAGGAUUCUGGUUGCAGCUUGCCCAAGGACUCAGAGAAACCAAGUAUCUUGGCUGGUCAGUACUGGAAUUAGAAAUCAGAGCUGGGUCACCUGGCCUAGAGGUGCCCUUAACUGGUCUACGGAGGGCUAGCAAGCUGUGAGGUGCUGCUUCACCUCUUCUGCUCUGCCUGCCAACUCAUGUUAAAAGAAGCCAGGAGUCUGUUAAAUGCUUUCCUAAUAUUGCUCUUCCAAUCUGCGACUGGAAUCCCUUCUGGGGGUAGUAUUUGGCUGCCAGAGGGAAGGAAAGUGGGUCCUGACUAAGUGAGCAAGCAUCCACGAGACCCUAAAAUGACUAGUUCACAAGCCAGUGCAAGGCUUUUCCCUGAAGUAGGACGUCUCAGGCUGAACUCCUGCAUGCACGAGUGUCUUUGUCCUCCAUUCCCCAGGGCGGUGAGUAGAUUUUUGCAAGUUCUGCCAUGUUCUUGUCUCUGGUUCCUUUGUGUUAUCGAUACCUGCACACUCCUUUAAUUCUGGCCGUCAAGUCAUCUGGCUCCCACAGGAAUACCCAGUUGGACUGUGUAGAAGCUGGUAUACUCUGGGAAGGUAAGGUAAUCCAGACUCCACAUCUGCUGAUCCUCAUUUUGCACUUCCCUUGCUUUUUCGUAAGUGAGCUUUCUUUGAUAAGCAAAGGCAGGCAGCCAGGGAGGACCAUUGUUGUACUGGCCUGGGUAUGUCCUGUGCUGACCCUCAUUCACACCAGUGCUUCUGCAACCUCUGCUCCUUCACUGCACUUGGCAGGGUUCAUCAGAGCAGUCCUUCCUGCACGUAUCCACUGACGCACCACUCACCCUAUCUGUUUCUUUUGACAGCUUGGUGCAUGUUUAUGCUUCCUUUGCUGUAAGGCACACACAAUAACUCAGGCUUCAUAUCCUUGUGGAGGUUGGAAUGACAACAGUUGUACUCCUGCUGAAUGCUGCCCUACAAGCCAUGAACUAAAGGAGAAGGGUGUAACCCUGAAGUAUUGAACUCAUAGUCAAAGGGGCAGUAAGCUCCACCAGUCACGGCUCUGUCCACAAGCUUCUCCUGCUCGUACAUUAGCCACAGUCUAAAUCUCUCCAGCUGGGCUGGGGUUAUGGAUGUCCCAAGGCGUUGGCACAGGGCCUCAGCCAUUGAAUUCACUGAUUUGUUUUAUGAUUGAUAUAUGGCUGAGAGGGAUUGAAUUAGAGGUAGGUAUGAGCCUGGAACAACUUUGCUCCUCCAUUAAAUGUGUCACUAGAGUAAUGAUUCUCAACCAGGGUGUUGGGGUAUCCAGGGGUGUCUCAAUAUGAUUUCAAGGGUGCUUUAAGGUGUGAGGAGAUAAGUGCAUACUCAGGCUCUCCCUGCCCAGCCUGUGCUCUGCUCCCACUGGCUGGCCCCUGUGCCAGGAAGUAAUGUUAGUUUUUUAAAUGGGGUGCUGCUCCUCAAGUCACAGAAGUUAUGGGAGGGGCCUUGAGUCUAUCAAGGGGUGCCUCAGAGCUAAAGAGGUUGAGAACCACUGCUCUAGAGGGAUACAUCACAGUUGGCCCUUUCUUACCUCCCCUUGGUGUGAUGCUUUGGAGGAAACUGGCUGCUGGGAUAUAUGGUAGUUAAUUUCUUAUUCAUGAUUGUCAGAUUCCUUUAACUUGUUCCUUCCAUGUCCCCCUGUACUUUGGCUCUCUGGAGAGAGAAGGGGCUUUGAAGGAGCCUGUAUGGUGGUGGGUAGUACAGAUGUCUGGACUGAACAGAUGUAACCUGGAGUCAGGACUGGGCAUGGCAGCAGUCCAGUCUGUAUCUUGAAAGUCCCCAAGGUCAGUUGUGCCCAGAUGCCAAGUAUACAGAAACUGCCGCAUGAAACUUGCUUCUUCCAGGUUGCGAGAACGUGCCCACAGGUUCUCUGAAGUGGGCUGAAGGCAUCUUAGCUUGGGCUGCUUAAUUAGUCCAUUUAAACUGUGCUCCCUUUGCGAAACUUGUAGAUUUUACAGAUUCCAGCUGCACAUAGGUACGCUGUUUUCACUGGGUGUAACGUUUGAUAAAGUCAAAAGCCUGCAGGGAACAAGGGGUCUUUAUGCAAGUGCUAGAAGAGCAGUAUGUAUGGAGUCCAUGUUUUUGCACCUUUUGCACUGAGUCAUAGUAGGAGUUGGUUCAGAACUAUAUAACUAAGGAAAAUCAGAGAGAUUCUUUUCUAACAAGAUUUAAACCUGCAAACUGUUAUUUGUGGUCCUCUGACAGUGUUCCUGCUUCUCAGGGGUGGGUCAGGGCCAUGGCAGGGCUCCCUUCAGGGCAUGGAGAAAAACCAUUCAGAAAAAAAUCUUUCCUGCUGCAGCUGAGGAUGCAGCGCAGGCCUGGCCUGGAGGAGUGUCAAGUGUCCCAGAAGGUCUCAGUUGUGGGAGCUGGGGAACACUGCACAGAUCUGUGUAAACAGAAUCCGGGUUUAAUGCAGUCUGGUGAAGGACCUUCCAUCAUGCCCUGACCUGACAUCCCUUCCCAGUCCUCUGGUUGGCACGCUCUUCCACACCCAGAAACCUCAACACCUAGCACUGUCUUCCUGUGCCCCACACCCUAGUGCUUCCACUGUCCCAGUACUGCCCAUGAUCCUAGCCCAUCAGCCUGCUCCAGGGAGGAGUAGUGUCCUGGCAGUGUUGAACAUGGCCUGAGCCCAGCUAAGGUGUUUUUUCCCUUGCCUGUGCUGCUGCUCCAGCCCUAAUCCACCAUGGACAGAACUGAACAGGACCACUCUCCAUAUCUCCCAUUCCAGAUCUUCACACCUGCCCAAGUGUCUCUAUUCCUGACCCCAGAAAUAGCCCCUUUUGCCCUGUUCCAUGUGACCCCUGUCCUGCCUGUCCAGCCCAAUUUGCACCCCCACAACCUUUCCCCUAUCCAUUACAGCUUCCAGCUCCCUACAGCUUUUCCCAAAUCCCUCUGCCCCCAGUGCCUUCCAUCUCACUGUACCCUAGUGUCUUCCCAAACCUUGCCACUUACAGGUGCUGACUAUUACACCUGUUAUGGGGAAGCCUUCCCCUUCUGACUCCAAGGGGACCUAGAACACCAGCCACAGGGAGGGAUCUACAGCAGGGUGUUCAUGGUGCUCCCUUCUUCUGCUGUCUCAGACCAACCUCUCCAUGCUCCAUUGAGCUGCCAGUAUCUUUGAUUUCCAGCCUAGCUCCUGCCCCAGGGCCCAGCGUGGCCCCAUUUGCUGCGAUGUCUGCAGGAGAAGCCAAGUGCCACCCACUGGUGCAGGCACUCAUUCACCUCGCUGCAGGGGCAGCAGGGGGUGUGGCAUGUGUGGUGAGCGGGCAGCCUUUUGACACAAUCAAGGUGAAGAUGCAGACCUUCCCCACCAUGUACCGGGGCUUCUUUGACUGCUCGAUCAGGACGUACCAGCAGGAGGGGCUCCGCGGGCUGUACCAGGGGACCCUGCCAGCCCUGCUGGCCAAUGUGGCAGAGAACGCCGUGCUGUUUGCUUGCUAUGGGUUCUGCCAGCAGCUGGUCAGGCAGCUCUUUGGCUUGGGCAGCGUGCAGGAGCUGAGUGACCUGCACAGUGCGCUGGCUGGUUCCUUCUCCUCUGUCUUUUCCUCCAUGGUCCUGUGCCCCACUGAGCUGGUGAAGUGCCGCAUGCAGGCUUUGCAUGAGAUGAAAGUAACUGGGCGGGCAGCGAUAUCCUGUCACAGCUCGACCUGGGCUGUGGUGAAAGCCAUCUUUCACUCCAAGGGCCUGCUGGGCUUUUUCCAGGGCCUGACCAGUACAUGGCUGCGGGAGGUACCUGGCUACUUCUUCUUCUUUGGCGGCUAUGAAGUCAGUAGAAGCUUCUUCACUCAGGCUGGGAAGGUCAAGGAAGAUCUGGGUCCCAUCCCUCUCACAGUGAGUGGCGGGGUUGGGGGCGCCUGUUUCUGGCUGGCUGUUUAUCCCAUCGACUCGGUGAAGUCGCGGAUCCAGGUGCUGUCCAUGGCAGGGCGGCAGGAUGGCUUCUUGCUCUCUCUACUGCACAUUUUGAGGACAGAAGGUUUUGUGCCUCUUUACUGCGGACUGAUGCCCACAGUGAUACGUGCAGUCCCUUCCAACGGAGCUCUCUUCCUUGCAUAUGAAGUCACCAGGAAAAAGCUAAUGGAGCUGCUUGACAGGACGGCCUGAGAUUGGAGGUCAAAGCCUUAUCCCAGGAGGGGCAUCAGGACAACUGUAUAUGAGACUUGUCUUGAGCUGACAAGGCCAAAUCCACGUGUGAAGUUUCUCAGGGUGCUGGGUGGGGACAGACAGCUGCGACUGUCGUCAGAAGAGCCAUGUGACCUGCUCAGCCAUUUCAGUGCGGCAGCGAUUGGGCUCACCCCUAGAGAGCGCAGCCAUGCACCCUUUGACCUAGGCUGCUGCUUUCUCUAAGGCAUGUGCUGUUCAGUCUGUUGAGAACAAGGCUACUGUGUUCAACUGUGCUCUGGAGUGAGCAAACUGCAGUGCUCCUGCUGGCUUCAGCAGCUCAUGCAAAAUGGUUUUCCUUGUGUAAAUAACAAAGCUAAUCUUCCUGAGUGUUUGUGGGAAUUCAAUAAAGUCUCAGCUUGGA